ACACAUGAGCAGCCUCUUGCAACCAUCAACAAGAUACACCAAAAAAAAAAAAAAGAAAAUCAUAUAUAGUCCUAGCUAGUCUCCUAGACUCCUAGUCCUAGCUGCAAGAAAGCCACAUUGGCCAUGGGAUCGUUGGGUCCAAGCGUGGUGGGGCUGCAGCCCAAGGCCGAGAAGACGACGGCGGCGGCCGGCGGUGAGCAGCAGCACGGCGGCGGCGGCGGCGGGUGUGGCGGGUCGUCGUUCCGGAUGCCGCUGCACUACCCGCGGUACAAGAAGGCGGAGUACGAGGCGAUGCCGGAGUGGCGGGUGGACUGCCUGCUCCGGGAGUACGGGCUCCCCGUCGACGGCGACCUCGACGCCAAGCGGCGGUUCGCCAUGGGCGCCUUCCUCUGGCCCGACCAGUACUAGCUCUAGCUAGCUACAUCCAUGGCAUCAGCUACUACUUCAUCGCAGUCAUCGUAUGGAGGAGCCAAGGUACUUUCAGCUGGUAAAACUGAUCUGAAACAAGUUGUAAUUGGUAAGCAAGACAAGCAUGGAUAAUGCUUAGUCCAUAAAAGUUAAAAUUGUAGCCAGUUCUAAAUAUUGCAUGUUGCACCUACAGUUUGUAACCUAAAAGAAAUUAGUGCCAGACAAGAAUACAAGCAUAAUGAACUGACAA